AGGGCUAGGGUUCAAACCCUCAACCUUACGAUUGAAAGCCAUGUGAAUUAACCACUACCCCAAGACACAAUCAUAUACAAUGAAUGACAAGGAGGUUUAAGGAAAGAACCCACUUGUCAAUAUAAUAUUGACACUGUUAACACUAAAAAUAAUUGUCUCUUUAUUUAUUCACAGAAUAUUCUUCAUUGUAUUCUGAAAUAUUUUUUUCUCACGGAUAAAUUAUGGCGGCAAACAAACCGUCCACAUCUUCUAUUGAUGUUGAUGGAGAUACCAGACAUCAUGUUCCCAGCCAAUCAGCGAGCCCGGUAGAUGGCAGAUGGGCGGUGGUGGUUGUUAUAGCAGCUUUCAUUGGACGAGCCAUCGUGUCAAUGCAGAGCUCCUCCAUGCCUCUCCUGACGGUUGAAUGGGAGAAAAGACUUGGAGUCACCCCUUCGCAAGUCUCAUGGGCCAGUACACUAGCGACGUCACCAAGAUUCCUGAUAGCUCCUGUGGCGGGUGCAUUAAAUCGGAAAUUCGGAUGUCGUCCUAUCGUCUUUGUUGGUGGUUUCUGUGCGAUGACAUCGAUAUUACUGCUUUCUAUGACCAACAAACUAUGGCAGAUCUUUAUAUGCUCCUGUUUAAUUGGUACAUCGAUGGGAUUGGUUUAUCAAGGAACUGUCAUUGUCGUCAGUGUCUACUUUGAUAAAUGGCUGGGCCGAGCAAACGGGUUGGCAUACUCUGGAGUGGGGAUGGGCAUCAUGGCUGGAUCACCAUUGAUGGCGCUGCUCAUUGAAGUCUUCACGUGGAGAGGUGCACUUCUUAUCAUGGCAGGUCUAGUCGCGAACCUGAGCGUCACCGCAGCAGUAUACCGACCCUUGACCUGGUGGUCAAAAAGGAAAAAAGAUACGAAAGGAAGAAAUGCUCCACGUCCACUGACGAAUGACUACCUCGAAGAUGAAGAUGCAGUUGAUGGGAAAAUUGAGAUCAUACUUAAUCUUCCGGCUGACAGUUCCAUGAAUUCUUUUGAGCAUGGGGAGACAGUAGAACUACAACCGCUCGUGUCAGUGGUUGAUCCUGCUCACACUGGAGAUCCAUUGCAGGUAGUCCGCCAUGGUCCCGACGACACCGUAAUCUACCCUGAUGUACAAUCUGAGAUUGCCAUUCCCAAGAUGGACAGGAAGGAAGAUAUACAGCCUCGCGAAUCGAUUGAAGAGUUCCAAACUAAGACAUCACUGCAGCAUGAUAACAACACAAAGUCAAAGAGAAAUUCCUGCCAAUACUGCGCGGUAAAAUGUCGUCAGUUUAUCAAUGAUGUUCUCGAUUUGUUCGGUUUCAACCUUUUGUGGAAAAAUUCGAACGUUCUUCUACUCUGCCUCAUAGCAACAUUUCAGGGAGGUGGAUACUUCCCUUCGUAUGUCUACCUGCCCAGUUACAUCGUAUCAUCAGGCGUGAGUGAGCUGAGGGCGUCCUUCAUAUUCACUAUCCUGGGACUUUGUAGCCUCGUGGGUCGUCUCACUCACGGAUUCCUUCUCGAUUUCAAACUCAUCACACCGACCAAGCUCUACGGGUUGACUUCAGUACUCGCAGGCUGUAGCCUUUACAUUAUUGUUACUUUUGGAACAUAUCCAGCCUUUGUUGUCUAUGCCAUCAUUUUCGGACUGUCGACGGGAGCCCAAAUUCCAUUGUGUCCGGUCCUGACUAAAAAGUAUACAGCGCCCUCAGAACUGGCCAGCGCUUUCGGCUUGCAGAGUUUCUUCACGGGGAUUUCACAGCUCUUGGGAACGUAUUUACUAGGACUACUUUUCGAUUGGACCAGCGAUUACAGAUCUUGUUUCUGCUUGACGGGAGCUCUGCUCUGUAUCGCUGGUGUUAUUGGAUUUUUGAUCGACCCGUGGAUCAGAUGGAGACAUCGUCUAGAUGAAGAAAUCGGUGACGGAAUUUAAAGGCCCAGUAGUGGAUUGUCAAGGGGAAUUUGACACUAAUAAUGAUGAUAAUGAUAAUAAUUAUAUUAAUAAUAGUAAUAAUGAUAACGAACAACCAUUCUUAUAGCGCAUAAAACAAUACAUAAGUAUGUCCCUAUACACUUGGGAAGUUAAAAAAAAUAAAAGUAAAGAGAAAAAUAAUGCCUAAUGUCCCAAUGUCUACCAAUUAAACCCUAUAACCCUGGGCCAGGAGCCAAAUUAUUUUUCAGUUCCCCCCUCUCGAUCGCGCGAAGCACGAAAACUUUGACAUUUCAUUAAAUUAUUAGAAAAAGAAGACGAUUCGUUGUACUGAUCCAGACUCCUAAUUCUUGUUUUGCCCCUCCCGCGCGAAGCGCAGGGGCUU